GCUGACAGCGCAGGGCUGCGCGGGGCCCCCUCCUCCCGCCGCCGCGGCCGCAGCGAGCGCGGAGGGUGCGCGCUGCCCGCGCUGCUGUGCUCGUCGCCGCUCCUGCCCCCGCUCCGCGCUGUUGUGUUCUCCUGCCGCUCCGCGCCCCUGCCCGCUCCUGCCUGCCCGGGGCCGGGGCGAACGGCGGGCGCCGCGGGUGACCGGCACGGCGAGCUGUCCCAGAGCAUGCAAGCUGGCUUCCUUUUGGGUUCAACUGGGCAGGAAGAUAGGCCCUACGAGCACAUCAAAUAUGUUCCAAGAAUUGUGGAGUCCCUAGGACAGAAUUAAAGCUGGUCUGAAGUUGAAGAACAAUGGCUUCCUUCAGCAACCUGACUAUUGGCAUUGCUGUUGCCAGUUUUACUGUAUUUCAGCUCCUCUUCCACGUUUUAAGUUCUUGGGUGUCAGCACGAAUAACACCUGGUUUUAACAAUCUCAGCCAAAAAAGGAAGAUUGAGUGGAAUUCAAGGACAGUGUCCACAUUCCACGCCUUGGUGGUUGGAGGGUUUUGCCUUUAUAUUUUAUUGUACGAUGAUGCUGUUAAUGCUGACCAUCUCUGGGGUGACCCUUCAAUUGUGAAGCUGAAUAUUGCUAUUACCACAGGCUACCUCAUUUCUGAUCUGUUGCUUAUUAUUUACUACUGGAAGGCAAUUGGUGACAAAUUUUUUGUAAUACAUCACUUGGCAGCUCUGUAUGCUUACUAUUUUGUACUGAGCAAAGGUCUGCUGGCUUAUUUUGGAAACUUCCGUCUCCUUGCAGAGUUCUCCACUCCUUUUGUCAAUCAGCGGUGGUUUUUUGAGGUUCUGGGAUAUCCCAAAUCUUCAAAGGCCAACAUCAUCAAUGGUGUGCUGAUGACAGUUGUGUUCUUCGUGGUGAGGAUUGCCGUCAUGCCUGUGUAUUACAGCCACGUAAUUUCUUCUUUUGGAACAGAAGGUUUCCAGAGAUUAGGAUUUGCAGCCCAGAGCGCCUGGAUGAUCUCAAGUAUUGUCUUGGAUAUUAUGAAUGUGAUGUGGAUGAUCAAAAUUGCAAAAGGAUGCUACAAGGUCAUAUGUCUUAUUGGACAGGAGGAAGCAAAAACUCAUAGAAAUGGAAAAUCUGCCUAGAAAUCAUACAUAAAUGAAAUUUCUGCUAUGAAAAUAAUUUGGGUUCACUGAAACAGUGCACAUUUCUGCCAUGGAAUGCUCCUAUUAUGGAAACAAGGUAUUACCUCUGUACUGACCUUACUCUUUCCCUAGCCACACUGCCUGCACGCCCAGGGCCACGCUUUGCGGAUCCUGUCCAGUGAGGAAUAAAAGCAAAAGCUCACACAGAUGAGUUCCACAUGCCUGUUCUAAGCAGUUGCAAGCAUCAGAAAUUAGACAGGAGCAGACUGGUUACUGCUUAUUGUCCACCAGUAUGUUCAAAGUGUUUCUCUCAGGUUUCUCAGAUUAAAAUGUUUUAUAAAUCCAGUGAAUACUGACAUAUCUGUUUUUUUAGAAAAUGAAAAAUUCUCCAAACUCCUGAUAAUGGUGCAAUUUUCCAGGCACGUUUCUAUGUUUUCUUCUAGGAAUAACAAUCAAGAUUUCAUUCUUGACAACUUUUUAAUUUUUGCAAGAAAAGCUAAAAAUUUGGCUUUGAUUCUGUGAAGUCUUUUACUGCUUUCGGUUCUGCCUUAUAUGAAUGCAAACCAUUUUGGGAAAUUUUGAAAUAAUUUGAUCUAAAAUGCUGUAUUAUAAGACCACAUGAUAUCUUAAGAGCUGUUAAAAUUCUCACUUUGAUGGGAAGGAUUCCCAUGUGCUAGGUUACAUGCAAUAGUACAUCUUCUAAAUUCCCCAUGGAACUUUUUCUGUAAGUUAAUAUGGUAGAUGAUGUGUGGAAAUGGCAUAGUUCCUACUGAAGUGCUUUUCCCUUUGCUGCUACUACCUUUGAGAAGUGCUGCAAUUCUUCUCAGAGUAUUUUUAACCAUUGGCUAUUUGGAGUCUAAGUUUAAUUGAAUGUGUAACUUCAAGUAAUACUUCGUUCUUUUAUCACAAAAUGACCUGUUUGAUAUGAAGCAUUGAGUUUUUGUCAUAUUUUUAUUGUUAAUCAAGUUAAAAAUCUGAGGUGUGACUAAGAACACUCUUGAAUUAAUUGUGCCAAACUCCUCUAAAACUGUGUGGUAAUUCCAUAGAAGGAACAGUUGAUCACUGUAGACACAAUUUAUUUUGUUGUUGUUUUAAGCCACACGUUUGUCAAUAGAUACUCAUUUACUCUGUCUGUGAACUGAAGGCUUUGAAGUCAUCAGAGAGGACUCUCACCAUCCAGGAAUAGUCCUAAAUCUCAUUUGUAAUAUGAUUUGAGGAAAUUCUGAGUUAUAUCUUAUUUUAAAUUAUUUUGAGAGCUAUAUUUAUGUGUAAAUUUGUUUUGUUUCAUUUCUUUUAUCCAGAACUGUGGCUGAUUGACUUCUAGUUUUUUUCCUUGGUGUAGGUAUGUUAGUGUCCAUUUUCACUGAGACUUCAGUGCACAUCCCGAUGAUUGCAGCAAUCUGUUAAAGCAAUUUAUUUUUAAACAGAAGGGUAGCAUAUUUACCCCGUGUUGGGUGAUUAGUCCUGCUCCCUGUGACAAAGCUGGGUGACAUGAGCUUUCCCCUCUGUAGUCAGAGGUGCGAGUGCCCUGUGCUGUCCUCCCUGCUGAGGGACUAGGCACUCCCCUUGUCCAGAAAUUGCAUGUAAGAGACCCAGGAGAACUGCAUAGGCUGCAGUGCCUUCUAACCAAGGCAGCUGCCAUGAGUUCAGGUCCCCAGUUAAAAUGCUGUCAGGGAGUAUUGUUUCCACUUGUGUAAAACACACUUUUGAAAGCCCAGUUGCAUUGCUCUGCUUGACAGGCCUUUUUCUAAAAGUUUCCCAAUCCUGCCUUGUUGAAGGAGGUAGCAAGGAUUGUCAGUAGUUGUGGUUUUGGAUCCCGUAGUUAUUAACACUUCACAGCCUACAGACAAAGAUCUGUUUAUGCCUUGGGAGAGUUAACAAUGCAUCUGUUGAGCUGUAUCAUCUGAGUAAGCACAGUGCCUCAUUUGGGUACCAGUAAAUGAACAGAGAGUUGAUCCUGCUCAAAGCAAUAGACUCUCUUUUAUGCUCAUUUGCAGAACCUGGUAUCUUUUAAAAUGUGAUUUCAGUAUACCUGAUGCAAAAUACUCUUUUUUUGCUUUUUACAUCACUAGAUCCCUGUGAUUAAUAGUUUUGUAAAAGCUUGGUCCUUUCUAAAAUUGAGUACAUUCAAACGUUUUGGAGAAGAAUGCUUGAAAAUAGAAGUCUGUUUUUCUUUUUAUGGUAGCAGGAUAAAAAAAUUGAGAAGACAAUUUGGAGCAACUUUUAGGGUUAUAAUUCAUGAAAAGUUUCCGAAAUUUAUAAUUUCUUAUAUUGAUUUUAAUAUUUCAGUACUUUAAAUAUUUUGUUGUCAAUGGAGGCCAUUCAUUUAAAUGACUGACUUCUCCACUUCUAGAUAGACUUGUGUUUGAUAGUGGGGGAAAAAAAGUAAGUCAAGCUAUAAUAAAAUUGAUGUUAAGACUAGACUUAGGAACAAAAAACAGUCCAAAACUCUGCAUACUACACUUUGGCCAACAAUCCAGGAUUGAAGGGCAGUGAGAUAAUUCUUCUAGAACAGCUAGUAUUUUGGAUUGCUGCACAAAAUUAGUGUAAUUAAAAAUCUAUUUUGCAAUGCAUUAGCUCUAAAUUUUAUAAUUUUUUAAAAAAGUUAUUACAGUUAUGUCCUGAUGCAUCAGAGGAAAAUUUUCUUAUUAAAAAAAAAAAUUAACAGCUGUGGUUUCAGCAAAGACUUUAGUAAACAGGCAGCAAAGUUGUGAUAUACUGAAUACAGUAGUAUAUAUGGCACUUUUUACCUGCCAUUAAAAGCUUAUAAUACAGCAAAUUAGAUAGCUGUGGCACCCAUUUUUAAUUGCACUUUAUUAAUUUUAAAAAUGUAGUGAAAUAUUGAUAAAAUUUAAUGUUGUAAGUUUGUGUCUUUGCUUUUUUGUGUAAAAAAGUAAAUGCAUGGUAAUUAGCAUCCUAAAAAUGCUUUUGAAUGUAAUAUCUUAUUAGUGGCUUAAAAUUUAUAUUUUUAACCCAUGCAUUGUAAAAGCAGACUCUUGGCAUGUCACCAGGUGUCCUUGCUGUGGGCAUAUCAAAUGGAAGGAGUGACUCUUGUAAAAAAUAGUUUGGUUUUCUUUUAUUUUCUUUUCUAUUCUUCAAUACCAGGUGACAUUAGCUUGCUGGUCAUGGGACAGACUGUGGUACUGGUUAGGCUGUAUGUAGAAAUGCAAGUUUCCCUUUUUUAUGGCUUUAAUUUUUCAUCAAAAGAUGAGUAAAUACCAUUUUCAGAAAUCUAAAGGAGAAUGGUAGGUUAGGUGUUCUGUAACUUGAUUUGUGGAAUAAGUACUUGCAGAGAGAAGUAUACUUCAAAUACUCAUUUGCUCAGAGAAUGUUUUGGUGGAUUUUAGUGGAGAGCCUCACACAACAGAGAUGCUGUAUUGGUUAUCUGUGUGAAUUCUUCAGUGGUAAGAAUUACAUCUCUGAAGCCUACUCUACCUCUAUAAAUACAUGCUAUCUUGAGUGAGCUCCAUAAUUUAGUAACUUAAUUGCUUAAAAAAUAUAAUCCAUUGAAAAAUGAAAUAUAUGCGCAGGUAAAUGAGGGGAGCUGACUUCAUAUAUAAAUUCUUAACAAUUCCAAAUUAUGUACUAAAGUCUAUUAAAAGUUAAACUAUUUACAGUGUUUGGAAGAUUAUUACUUCCAUCUUUACUUCAAAUAUUGUGGGAGAAGAUUACUCAUAUUGCAGAACUAACAACCUAAGGGUAAAAGCCUACACAAGUGAGUAAAUGCAUUCAGGCAGCUUUAAAGAGGAGAGGAAGAGGAUGCUUUGAGUACAUACCUAGAGAUCCAGAUGUCUUCCUACUGCUGUGGUUGGGCAACAGCAGAUGGAUACAUAGCAGAAAGGUUUGUGUCUCUGUGAUGAAAAAGGAAGUUUUAUUAUUUAAAAUUUCCAAGGUGUAUAAAAUGGAAUACCAGUUGUUGAUCAUUGUAUGAAGAGGAAUUUUUUCCUCAUGGCAUUUUGUGUCUUUAAGAAUAUGGGUGUACAAGCUUUCUGUAAAAGACCAUUUAAUAGAGAAACCUGAAAAAUAAUUUUGUGAUGCUUCUGCUGAGCCACUCGGAGGAAAAUGAAGGGCUGCUUGACGAUUACUCCAGCUUAGGGUCUGGUGUCCUGUUGGCUGCUGCUGAAAGCCAUCAAUGAAGCAAAUAGAAAGGGACUAGAAUUUUCAGAUGAAAAAGUGCAAGUGUAGAAGACUUUGGAAACAAUUGCAAGCCCCUUUCAUAUUUUAAUAACCUACUGUACAACAGCAUUAUCUGGCUACAAGGAACUCCAUAAGGGAAGGUUUGUUCCUGGUCAGAUUUCUCUGUCUAUGGAAUACAGGCAGAAAAUGAAUAGUAUUUCAUUGCUGGUACCCUGAUGGAUGGCAGUCAGAUGGAAAUAGUGAUAAUAUUUGUGAACUUUUAACCUUCAUCCAAACCUGGAUAAAAUCUGUGUUAGAUGAAGUUCUUAGGAUUUUCUGAAAGCAACUUGAAAGUUGUUUUUAUGGCAGAGAAGAUGAAAUAUGUGCUUCCUGGGUUGUUUAGAGAUCUGGGAUAAAGCAUCAAGUCAUCCUUAGAUGGUAACACUUGGUAAGGUUUCUUUUUCUUAUCUAUUAAAAAUUCCUACUAGCUACCUCCUUUCAAAGUCUUGUUCUAUUUAUAAUAACCAAGCACUUUAUAGCUCAGUAAAGAAUAGAAGGUAGCUAUGAAGAAUAAAUCAUAUUGUUUGCAAUAAGAAAUAUUUUGGCAAAAACAGUUUCAUUGUGUGAUGCCCUGCACUGAGAGGGCGUCUGUUUAAUAUGAAAUAUAUACAUUUUUAACCUAGUUGCAAGUAAAAGAAAUGUCUGUAAGAGAGUGAAGUAUGAAGAGAUGAGCAUGGCUUGAUAUCAACCACAUAAUGAUUCAGUGUGCUAUUUAUAACUUCCUACUUACUGAAAUUGAAAAUAUAAAUGCAAAUAAAAUAUUCUGUAUUGUAUCUUUAUUUUUAAUCUGUGUGUGGGAUGUCAAACUUUGUACUUGUCUUGUGGACAGGACAUGCUUUUAUGAGCCUAUAAAUAUUUAAGUAUAUGAGAAUCUGCACCCAAAUGGAACAUGUUGCAUGUAAAUUGUCUUCUAAGUUUUUAAAUUUUGGUAUUUUAAAAAAUUUGCUAGGUUUGAAAGAACAUUUAAAUAUGAAUACUAAGCUGUAAUACAGAAUAGAAAAUUUUGAAUGCAGUGUGGUUUUGUUUAUAGUAAUCCUAUUCCAGUUUCACAAGAAACAUAAAAUCAUAGGGGGAAGGGAGGAAAAGGGCUAAUCAUGAGCUCAGCUAUAUAAUUUGCACACUUUAUGCACACAUCCAAAUGUCCUGGAUUUGUUUCUAGCAUGCAUUUACCAAACAGUGUUUUCUUCAAUAUUGACAGAUACUUAUUUAUGUAGAAUAAGCACAGCUAACCUGUUAUAAAUUCAAAUUAGAAAACCUGUUUGGAACAAAUGAGUUACAAGUUAGGCAUAAGUAAUGGAGACUGUAAUUCGAAAAUGUUUAUAUAAUCUAUCUAAGAAGAAACUUGAUGAGUUUAUCUAACUUAUGUGCAGAGCAAGGACGAAAACUGUAGAUUCUGCUAGACUGAUUUCUGGUAAAUCUUGACAAUCUGGUUUGCAGUAAAUUCUAAUAUUGUCUCAAAAUGUCAGGAUCACACUAUUAAAUUCAACUAGUAAUGUGACCUGAUUGGAGUAACAAUCCUUAUCAUGGCACAAGAACUUAACCAUGCAAUAUAACAAUUCUGAAGAUUGGUGAUAAAAGUAAUCCGUCAUAGUAAAGUGAAUUAUUAAGUAUUAUGGGUUUAAAUUUACUUUCUAUUACAAGAAAGAAUCUGAAUUAUUUGUUAGCAUUUCAGUGAUAUUGUAAAGCAUUUCUGUAUUUUGUUUGAACAGUUUAGGAGCUUGCGUAAAAUUAUAUUGGCUGAUUUUUUUUUCCCCCUUUAAUAUAUGCAAUAAUGUCAAUAAGCAAUAAAUUGCAUGUUGUAUGCAAGGUAUUGGUACAUCAUAAUAAAGGAAAGGAACACA